GGUUAUGUUGAUGUUGAAAAAAUUAAUCACAUUAUUUAGAAAUGUCUCUUUUAAAAGUGCUUUUGCGUAACAAACAUUUCAAUUUCAAUGCAGAAAAACUAGUAUUUCAGCAAAGCGGGGACAGAAAAUUAUCAAAUGACGUUAAUAAUGAAAUAACUGAAAAAGUUGAAUCAGGAGGGUUUGCCAAGUCCUACGAAAAAUUCGAAAAUAUAAAAGAUCAUAACAAAUCUCCACCAGCUCAUCAGACAUUCGCAAGUUUAUUGAAGAAUUCUAAAUUUAUAGACGUAGGAGACCCGGAAGGAAAAAUAGUAAAUGGAAAAAUAUUUCAUGUUGUUGAUGAUGAUUUGUAUAUAGAUUUUGGAUGGAAGUUUCACUGUGUUUGUCCCAAACCAAAGAAGAACUCUAGUGAUUUUGUGAAAGGAGCUAUGGUACGCUUACGUAUCAAAGAUUUGGAGCUAUCAACAAAAUUUCUGGGCUUUGAUAAAGACCUCACUUUACUUGAAGCAGAUUGCACUUUACUAGGAUUGAUACAGGAUAGGAUCAGAAGUACACCCCAAUAGUAGCAGUAUAUUUUGUAAUGAAUAAGCACAUCUCCAAAAAAUUGUUUAUUCCGGUUGGCAAGAAUUAGUUAUUAAUAUUUCUUCAUUUUUAGUUUUAUUAAUUAAAAUUGAUGAUUUCACUAUCAAGUGAUGAGGAGUGAAAAUAAAGAUUUCUUAUUUUCUCAAUUGUCUACCUGGCAUAAACUUCAUUUUCAUUUUAUUGCAAGUUUACUAGUAAAAUAGUAUUUUUUAAAGCACAUUGCAUGAAUUAAUGAAUUUUAUUUACAAUUACUUAAUACAAUGUUUAUACAUUAUCCCUGCAAUUAGCUUUGAAAAUGUCAAUAGUAGGCAGCUGGAUUAAAAAAUCAUGAAAUUGAAAAAUUUCACAAAUAUAUAAUGAUUUUGUAAUUACCUGCUUGAAGCCCAUGUGCCAUAAAAUAUACACAUGAUUUUCUAUAGUAUGAUGAUAUAUAUUUUGUACUAGAAUCAAGAUUGUAUCUUGAUUCUUGUAGAAAAUACAUCUAACAUAGGGACUGAAAAUUGGUAAUUUAAAACAGAGGUAAUUUAUAUUGAAUUGAGUUGAUAUACUGGGUGGGAACAUAAAAUAUAUACAUAAACUAAAUAAGGCACUUGAGAAUUCUUUUAGUAAUUUGCUCAGUAAUUGAACAGCUAUGCCCAACAUUUUUAGACAAAUUCCAAAUUAAUAACAAAUAGUUAUUCAUUCUGAAAAUGUGUACACAGUUUCAGUUUGCCAAAAGGUGAACAAUACUUGGUCAAAUUACACUUCUCAACUGAUCAUUGAGAAUCAAAUACUAUCCAUAUUAUAUUACUGAAAUGUUAUUUGAAAGUGUUUAUAGAUGACGGUUUCUUUCACUUUUUGAUAUGAUAGUGAUCAACUUUCAAUAGAGAUACCAGAAUAAUUAUCAGAUCUAUGUCACGGUUAUACAGUAUAAAAUAAACGAUAUUUUUUUAUAACAACACACAAGGCAGUCCACAACACAAUGGUAAGCAAACCGGGACGACAGUGGCCCCACUGCUGCUUUUCAUCUUGCUUUUGCUUUCUGCUUCAUAUUGGUAUUUUCCGGAUGCCUUUGCAUAGCCACCCUG